AGAGAGAGAGAGAGAGAGAGAGAGAGGAAAGAGAGAGACAGAGAGAGAGAGAGGAAAGAGAGAGUGAGUGAGAGAGAGAGGAUUUUUGACCGUUAUAUGGUGGUGUAGUGAGAGAGAGAUGGCGUCGGACCAAGACAUUGCAAACGGCGUGGCAUCGCUCCUCCGUCAGUAUGACCCUAACGCCGUUCCGUCACUGUCAGUUAACGGCGUUGUCCAGCAGCUGGAGGCGAAGCUCGGUCUCGACCUCUCCGACCGUGCUUCUUUCAUCCGCGAACUCAUCCUCCGUUUCCACCAAAAAGACCAUUUUACCCUUCAUCACCCACCACAAUUCCCAAACAGCCAUCCAAACCCUCAUCCUCACCAUCCUCACCAUCCUCACCAUCACCAUCACAAUCCUCCUCCUUCCAUCCCUUCCAAUCCCUUCCCUCCGCCACCUGUCCACCACCACGAACUCGCCUUCCGAUUGCCUCCGCAGCAGCAGCAGCAGCAGCAGCAACCACAACCAUCGCAGCCGCAGCAGCAACCACAACCGUCACAGCAGCAACCACAACCGUUGCAGCAGCAAACCCAGCCCAGCGUUGCUGCCGCUGCGGCAGCACCAGCGGCAUCUGUUCCCGAAUCGCCAAAAGAAAGUACUCAAAGUGGAGGUAAAAGAAGAGGUGGCCCGGGAGGUUUAAACAAAGUGUGUGGUGUUUCACCACAACUUCAGACCAUCGUUGGUGCACCAACGAUGCCAAGGACUGAGAUUGUGAAGCAGCUGUGGGCAUAUAUACGGAAAAACAAUCUCCAAGAUCCAAGUAACAAGAGAAAGAUAAUUUGUGAUGACCCUCUGCGUUUGGUGUUUGAGACAGAUUGUACUGACAUGUUCAAGAUGAAUAAGCUAUUAGCUAAGCAUAUCAUACCGCUCGACCCAAAAGAGCCAGGUGCUAAAAGGUUAAAGGCUGCAGAAGUGGAAUCUGCCCCUCAACGUACUGAACCUGGCCUAUCUCCCAUAGUAAUCUCUGAUAUGCUUGCCAAAUUUUUCGGCACUGGAGAAAGGGAGAUGCUUCAAUCAGAGGCCGUGAGACGUGUUUGGGAAUACAUAAAAGUAAAUCAUUUGGAGUUUCAGGACCCGAUGAACAUGAACGGAAUGAUAGUGCGGUGCGACAUGAAGCUUCAAGGGCUGUUUGGGUGCGAAAGCCUCCCUGCCAUGAGGAUACAAGAGAUUUUGAUGCGCCACCAUUUCUUCAGGCAGUCAUGACCUCGUAUUGUGUUGACUGGUUAGUUUUUAUGUACUUUUUCUGAUUUGCAAUUUCCCCCCCUUUUUUUUUGUUUUUGUUUUUACCUAAAUUCUAAGUUAGGCAGGCACUCUAUCCAGUCUUAUGUUUCCAUUGAUAUGCGGGUUUUGGGGGAGACGGUGACUCUCAGUGUAUCAACUAACUGCUCCUGUGCAGUUCGCCUUUUGCCUGUAAUUUAUCCACUCUCAAGCUUCUUAACCAGCUUUGCUUCCAAA